AUGAUUUUGCGGCUUCCCAUUCUCUUGACCGCUGCGCUGCUCUCUGCUCAUCCCGUGUUCACCCUUUCACCUUCUGACAUACCUUCAGACACGCCCACGGAAUCACUAAUUUCCUCUGCAAAUGCUCAACUCGCUGGAGGAAACUUCAACGAUGCGCUCACAUACUUUGAUGCCGCAAUAUCUCGGGAUCCAAAAAAUUACCUGACAAUCUUCAAACGAGGAGCGACAUAUCUAUCUCUUGGAAAGCAGGCACAAGCAAGCUAUGAUUUUGACGCGGUUCUGGCAAUCAAGCCAGAUUUCGAAGGAGCCUUGAUGCAGCGAGCUAAACUAAAGGCUAAAUCUGCGGAUUGGGAUGCUGCACGCCGGGACUACGAGGCUGCUGGAAGACAAAAGGGCCCGGAGAUUGGGGAACUUGAGGAAGCGCAAGGUGCAUCAAUCCUUGCAACAGACGCAGCCAACAGAGGCGACUGGGAGCAAUGUGUCUCAAACGCCGGUGUAGCCAUUAUGGUGGCAGGCACGUCCUUAAGCCUCCGCCAGCUCAGAGCCAGAUGCCGAUUCGAAAAAGGCGAAGUAUACGAAGGCAUCAGCGACCUCGGACAUGUGCUCCAGAUUGCCCCGGGCUCGAUCACCCCCCAUCUACAGAUGUCUGCAAUGAUGUUCUACUCCUUAGGCGACACUGAGAGGGGCAUGGCCCAAAUCCGCAAAUGUCUGCACUCAGACCCGGACUCGAAACCCUGUAGCCGAUUGUUUCGCCAGGAGAAGACACUGAGCAAAACAUUGGGCAAGCUGACACAACUCAUGGAGAAGCGUCAAUUUGCUGCUGCUGCGAAGUUACUUGUCCCAAGUGGCGAUGACAGAGGGCUUAUUCAGGAAAUACGGGACACAGUCAAGGCACUCGUCGACGAGGGGACAAUUCACCCCAAGGCCUCAAGUGAACUCUUGAGUAGAGCGCUAGAAAUGACUUGUGAGGCUUAUACUGAGAUGGGCAAUGCGAAGAAAGGCUCUCCAUACUGCACGGAAGUGCUCAGUUACAACCCCAACUCCCUAGCCGGCUUGCUAUCAAAAGCCACCAAACAGCUCGAUGCCGACGAAUUCGAAGCCGCUAUCAACACACUCAAUCACGCCAAAGAACACCACCCAUCAGCAUCCCAGAUCAAUAACUUGCUUCAAAAGGCCCAGGUCCUCUUGAGACGCUCCAAGCAAAAGGACUACUACAAGACUCUCGGCGUGUCGCGCGACGCUGACGACCGCACCAUCAAGCGCGCCUACCGCCAGCUCACCAAGCAGUUUCACCCUGACAAGGCUCACCAGAAUGGGAUUAGUAAAGAGGAUGCUGAGAAGAAAAUGGCUACCAUCAAUGAGGCAUACGAAGUCUUGAUCGAUCCGGAGCUUCGCGCACGUUUCGACAAUGGCGACGACCCUAAUAGUCAGGAAGGUCCUGGCGGUCCCUUCCAAGGCUCGCCUUUCGGCCAGGGUCAAGGUGGUCAGCAAUUCUUCUUCCGCGGUGGACCAGGAGGCUUCCCCGGUGGAUUCCCCGGUGGCGGGCAGUUCAAGUUCCAACAGGGCCCCGGCGGUGGAUUCAAAUUUCCUGGAUUUUGA